UUUUUUAAGACGUCUUUUGGACUUUACCAAAAAGACAUCUUCAAGACAACUUUUAGUAUAGUCCAAAAAGACAUAGUGCAAUCAGUGCACGCGUGUUCCGUGAUCAUCCGUGAUUCGCCGUACGUUCUCGUAGCUCCGAUCGUAUCAAUCGGUGUCUGAUGAUGGAAAGGAUUGACAUUUUAAUCCAAGGUGUGCUUGAUCUAUGCUGUGACUAUCUAAGAGAUAAUUUAGCGCCGGAAAAUUGUAUCGGAGUGAUAAGAUUUGCCCGCCAACAUUUCUGCAAGAAGCUAGAGAAUGACGGCUUACCAUUUUAUCGUAGGACAUUUUGUCGUUGUCAAUUAAAAUAAAAACAAGUAAAACAUAACUAAAUUUUUAUCUCUUUUUAUUCUUAAAAUUAUACUAUAUACGUAAUGUGUAAAAGAUGUCUAAAGAAUGUCAUAUAGGAUGCCCAAAAAGUGUCUUAUAGGUUGUCUUAAAGAUGUCUAAAAGAUGUCUGAAAAAUGUCAUAUAGGACGUCAAAAAAAUGUCUUAUUGGUUGUCUUAAAGAUGUCUAA